CUUCUAAUCAGGAAGUACAUCCAGUCUUGUACUUGCAAGGAGAACUUGUCCUUCUACCUUUAGAGAAUGUUCAGAAUGUAAGACCUGUUAGAGACAAUGCAUUACUCUGAACAGAACAGCACGCUGAACAGACUAUUGCACUGCACCUGAAGAAUCUUACACGGAGGUGAUAUUAAACCAGAGCAAACAUCUGAUUGUUGCAUAUUGUUGACCAUUUCUCAGUGUGUGAGUGCAGCAAAAUGGCAGAGGCCUGUAUUUCACUCAGUCACUUUUCAGUGGAUCAAUUCAGCUGUCCAGUGUGUCUAGAUCUCCUGAAGGAUCCGGUGACUACUCGCUGUGGUCACAGUUACUGUAAAGUGUGUAUUAAUGACUGCUGGGAUCAGGAGGAUGAGAAAGGCAUCUACAGAUGUCCUCAGUGCAGAGACACUUUCACUCUGAGGCCUGUUCUAUGCAGAAACAACAUGCUAGCUGAAGUGGUGGAGAAACUGAAGAGAACUGUCCAGAUUCCUUCUCCUUCUCUCUGUUACGCUGGACCUGGAGAUGUGGAGUGUGAUUUCUGCACCCAGAGAAAACACAAAGCCGUAAAGUCCUGUCUGAUGUGUCUGACCUCCUUUUGUGAAGCUCAUCUUAAACCUCAUCUUGAACUUCCUGCUCUGAAAAAGCACGCCUUAAUUGAAGCCUCCUCAAAACUCCAAGAGAAGAUCUGCUCUCAACAUGAUAAACUGUUUGAGAUCUACUGUCGUACUGACCAAAAGUGUAUUUGUUCUUUGUGCAUGUUGGAAAAUCACCAAGGUCAUGACGCUGUUUCAGUUUCAGUAGAGAGAACUGGAAAACAGAGUAAGCUAAAGGAGGAGCAGAUGAAAUCCCUGCAGAGAAUCCAGGAGAAACAGAAGAAGGUGCAGGAGCUGAAAGAGGCUGUGGACAAGAUUAAGUCUCGUGCCCAGACAGCAGUUGAGGACAGUGAGAUGAUCUUUGCUGAGAUGAUUAGCUCCAUGGAGAAAAAGCGUUCUGAAGUGAAGGAGCUGAUCAGAGCUCAGGAGAAGGCUGAACUGAAUCGACCUGAACUGCUCCUGGAGCAAAUGGAGCAGGAGAUCAGUGACCUUAAGAGGAGAGUCACUGAGCUGGAGCAGCUUUCACAAACACAUGAUCACAUCCACUUCCUCCAGAGGCUCCCAUCUCUUUGUGACUUUUCUGAUCAUGAGGAUUCACCCAGCAUCACUGUCCAUCAACAUUUUUCACUUGAUGGAAUGAGGAAGUCUCUCUCAGAUCUGAAAAUGCGACUGGAAGAAUUCUGCAAGGAGGAAUUAAACAAAAUCCCUCCACAUGAAGCUGAUGAUUCAUUUUUGUCUUCAACUCCGUUUACAACUGCAACAGUUCAGAAGAUUUCAUCCUCAAAGCCAAAUAGCAGAGAAGAUUUUCUGAAAUAUUUUUGUUAUCUGACUCUGGAUCCCAACACAGCAAAUCAUUGCCUUUGUCUAUCUGAGAAGAACAGAGUGGUGACAUUCAGUAUAGGAAAGUUGUACUCUGAUCAUCCAGAGAGAUUUGACAACCUUUUGCAAGUGUUGUGUCAGGAGAAUGUGUGUGGACGCUGUUACUGGGAGGUGGAGUGGAGCGGUGUUGGAGGUGUGUCCAUCUCAGUCUCAUAUCAAAAGAUCAAGAGGAAAGGACGGGGUAAAGAGUGUGGAUUUGGUUGCAACAGUCAGUCCUGGAGUCUACGCUGUUCCUCUUCCUUUCUCUCUUUCUAUCACAAUGACAUCGAAACUGAGCUCAGAGUUCCAUCAUCCUCCAGAAUAGGAGUGUAUGUGGAUCACAUUGAAGGAAGUCUGUCCUUCUACAGUGUCUCUGACACGAUGAAGCUCAUUCACAGAGUGCACACCACAUUCACUCGGCCUCUGUAUGCCGGGUUUGGGCUUUUUGGAGGAACAGUGAGAUUGUGUGACCCAAAAUAACAGUAGAUGAAAAAUCCUUGCACUUUUCCCCAUUGUUCCUCAACUGUGAUAAAACUUUAGCAUUAAAACAUUGAAUUGGCUUUAACUGGCUUUAGUCUGGAAUCAUGAGCUACACUGCUGUACAAAACAAAACUGUUGAAAAGAUUAUUUUUAACUCUGCUGUGCUCCAUUAACUGUAUGAGUUAAAACAUCACAAGAGGUUUUACAUUAAAUGAUUUUGUAGGACACAGCAUAGGUGACUGGCGGCUAUCUUAGAUCUCAAUUGGAUCUUGUUUGACAUUGUUAGGAAAAAAAGAUUAUCUCCCAUUACAAUCAUUCAUUGGUGAGUGAAAUCUUUAUUUAGAAAUAUCUGUCAAGCGUUCCACAGAAAGUGUUUAUCACCCAUCUACUGAGUUAAACAUAAACACAGUUUGAGUGAAGAUAAAUGUUAUUACCACAGAACCUGUGGCCCGUGACUGCUUUUUUUCUCCACAUCUGAUCCCAACAAUAAAAAUUUGUACACCCUGUCAUAAAGAGUACGAAAAAUGUGAAUAAAAAAUAUUUAUCAGUAA